AUGGCCUUCAACUUCAACUGGUCGCCGCUGAUAGCCGACACGUCGAGGGCGCGCGACAUGCUGACGACGGCCCUCAACAAGUCGCCCAAGCCGCCCAUCAUCGUCGACGACAUCAUCGUCACCGAGCUCAAUCUCGGCACCACCCCGCCCGAGCUCGAGAUACUGGAGAUUGGAGAUUUGGCGGAGGACCGGUUCAGGGGCAUCUUCAAGAUGUCUUAUGCGGGCGACGCGUUUCUGACGCUCAAAACAAAAGUCCAGGCGAAUCCGCUGAAGACGUAUCUGUCCAACAAGCCAGACUUUGCGUCACCGCAGCCACUGGCAGCGUCAUCGGGCUUGACUAUACCGUUGCAAAUUACACUGUCUAAUAUCCGACUGUCUGGUUUCGUCAUCUUGGUCUUCUCCAAACAAAAGGGCUUGACGCUGGUCUUCAGGAACGACCCUCUGGAUUCGCUCAAGGUCUCGUCGACGUUUGAUUCCAUCCCCUUUGUGCGCGACUACCUGCAAAAGGAGAUUGAGGGCCAAUUGCGCGUCUUGUUCAUGGAAGAUUUGCCAGCUAUCAUUCACAGGUUGUCACUACGCAUGCUGUCGCCCGAGUACCAAGAAAUCGAAACAGAAGAGCGGCUAGAGAGCGCCAACGAUACCACCGCAGCCAUCGAUCCCCUCGCAUCGCCACCACAAGACGCUGUCGAUGCGUUCGGCAACCCACUAGACGAAGCGCAGAUCUCGGCCUUGUCGCUCGACUCUGGCGAGAUCCACGCCUCCUUCUCCCAGAAGAACAUCCUUCGCCUAGCCGCCCUCUCCGAAUCGCAACGAACCCUUUCCCUCUUCACACCUGGCAUUCGCGAUGCCGUCUUCCGAGCGUGGGCAGGUCACCCAGACAGGCCCGAGUCCGGUGCUGCGACACCGGCACUCACACAAGGCAGUUUGUCAAGGAUACAGUCGACGUUUGGCAGUCUCAAAUCCGGUGCUUCGUCAGUCGCGUCUGGCAGUACAGGCAACGAGACGCUGAGCUCGCGACCCACAAUGGCAUCGGCAUACUCGACAUCGGCGGGGCUCAGUCUUGGCUCAAGUCGCUCUCGCACUGGCGGCAUGCGGAAACGGAAGAAGCGUGUUGUUGAUCUACGUAAAAAGGACGGCGUCGACUCUGGCGUUUCCACAGGUGCCAACACACCGCUGCCCAGCGCGUACGCCUCCGAGACAUCGAGCGUCAUACCAGAGGAAAGAGAGGCAGAGGAGGAACUCGCUACCCCACCAACGAGCCCCGCACAACCUCUGCGCUUUGAAAGUAGACGUGGCAGUCUGGAUAUCGGUACGCCGAAACGGAUACCUGAAGAACCACCUACCUUUGGCCCUCUUCUCGCUCCUGCGCCAGUCCUCUCGGAGACAUCCAAGUCUGGCAAAUCGAAGCAAAAGACCCCACCAGCAGCUCACCUCGAGGACCCAUUCAUAUCCCACACCUCUUCCAGACGUCCGCCGCUGUCGCGCAACAAGCUACGCCAAGCACAGCAAUCCACCUCGCCGCUCCUCCGCUCCCUGUCGUUUGACAAAGUCUCGUCGCUGUCCGCACUCUGCUCACCGCCGCGCACAUCUUCCCCACCGAACGCUGACGUCAUGGCCAGCUCCGGCGGCAUACUCGAACAAGCAUGGAUGACGAAGAUGGCGCAGGAGAUUGCUCGGAAAGUCCAAGAAGAGAAGGACCGAUCAUCUCGGCGACCGUCGCACACCCGGACCAAGACAGCACCCACAGGAGGCUUUUGGCAGAGCGACGAUGAGAUCGAAGCACCGCCCGCUUACGUUGCGUAA